CGUAGACGACCAUUUGUUGUCCAGAUCGUUCGGAGAGGAAGGUGCAGUGCUGUCCGAUAGUGACUCCUCUUACGUUAAAUACUUUUUUUAGUUCUUUUUUCUCUCCUCUUUCCCUUCUUCUUCCUUAAAAAAUGGACAGUCGGAGAUAAAUGGAAAUACUUUAAUAAGAAAGGAAUGUAAAAACAAAGAAUCGGUAGAAAAGUUUCCGAGUUGUGGGUGACAGAAAUAAUUGGAUUAAUAAUCCUUGUCAUGUCUGAAGAAACAAGGUGAUUGUUCCUUUUCGAAAUGAAGUGCUCAACAAAACUGCUUGGUGCGGCGAUUUUGGUGUGUGUGGCGAGUGUUGCCAGAGCGAGUGGAAACGAAACUAAAUGCAAAGAAGGAUUAUUAUUGCCUAUAUGGCAGCCCCAAGAAAAUCUCAGUUUGGGAGAUAUAAUUGCACGAGGCAUAGUUUAUUUUAUUUCUCUUUUCUAUAUGUUUGUGGGUGUUUCAAUUAUUGCUGAUCGUUUCAUGGCAUCUAUUGAAGUGAUUACGUCGAAAGAGAAGGAAGUUGUGGUGAAGAAACCAAAUGGCGAAACUCAAACUAUAAGUGUUAGGAUAUGGAACGAGACAGUGUCAAAUUUAACAUUAAUGGCUCUAGGAUCCUCAGCACCAGAAAUUUUGCUGUCGAUUAUUGAAGUAUAUGGUCAAAAUUACGAAGCGGGUGAACUUGGUCCAGGUACUAUCGUAGGAAGUGCUGCUUUUAACAUGUUUGUCAUCAUAGCCAUUUGUGUUUCGGCAAUUCCUUGUACCGAAAACAGAAAAAUCAAACAUUUACGCGUUUUCUUUGUCACUAUGACCUGGAGUGUAUUUGCUUAUAUAUGGCUAUAUUUGAUCCUUACAUGGUCGUCUUACGGAGUCAUUGAAGUAUGGGAGGGAUUACUAACCCUCUUUUUCUUUCCAGCAACUGUGGUGACUGCUUAUAUUGCCGAUCGUCGUUUACUCAUUUAUAAAUAUUUAUCGAAAAAUUAUCGCAUGAACAAAAGAAGAAUUAUCGUUGGGACAGAGGGAGGGGACGACGUAGAGAUGGGCGCGAAGAGUAAUCACAUUCCUGAUGGCACUUUACAGUAUUACGAAGGUGAACCCAGUGAUGAAAUGAGAGAAUUCGAACAACACCGUCAGGAAUAUAUCGCACUUUUACGCGAACUGAGAAAGAAACAUCCUAAUCGUAACAUGGAAGAAAUUGAAAUGAUGGCACGCGAAGAGUUACUUAAUCGUGGCCCGAAAAGUCGCGCAUUCUAUCGUAUUCAAGCAACUAGAAAACUAAUGGGAGGAGGCAAUUUGAAGAAGAAGAUCGAAAAGCUUGAACCUAAAAAAGAGGAGGUUAAAGAAGUUAAAGAUGACAGUAUAAGAAUCUUUUUUGAUCCAGCACACUACACUGUUAUGGAAAAUGUUGGACAGUUUUCCGUCACUAUAGCUCGAGAAGGCGAUCUAAAUUCCGCCGUUUGUGUCGACUAUACAACGGAAGAUGGCACUGCUAAUGCUGGCGACGAUUACGAACCCGUGGAAGGAACUUUAGUAUUUCGACCUGGAGAUACCCAGAAGCAAAUCUUCAUCAGUGUUAUUGACGAUGAUGUAUUUGAAGAAGAUGAACAUUUCUAUGUUCGAUUGAGUAACGCCCGUUAUCUACAUAGCGUAGAUGGAGGCGUUCGUGCCAUGAAUGGUUCUCCGGGUCAGAGACCACCCAUAAAAUUGGCCACACCAUCAUUAGCUACCGUUAUGAUUUUGGAUGAUGACCACGGAGGCAUUUUUUCAAUUGCACAAGCUGAAUUCGAAGUUCCGGAGUCUGUCGGUGAGUUCAUGCUAAAGAUCAACCGAUUUAGCGGAGCCAGAGGAAGAGUGGUUCUACCGUUCAAAACUAUAGAAGGAACUGCCAAAGAAGGGAAAGAAUACGAACCUCUCGAUGGACAACUAGUUUUUGACAACAACGAAACUUUCAAAGAUGUCCCGAUUCGCAUAAUCGAUAAUGAGUCCUAUGAGAAAGAUGCAGUUUUCUAUGUUGAAUUAGGUGAACCUAAAUUGGAGUCAGCAUCAACACCCAUUACACCGGAUACCAAUGAAAUCGAUUUACAAAUUUCUUGUCGCUCUUCAUCUGAAACAGACUUGAAUAAGGAGGAAACUGAAGAAGGCGAUGAAGAGGAUAUGACUGAUGCCGAAAAAAUAGCUCUUUUAGGAAAACCGAAAUUAGGCGAGGUUUAUAAAUGCGAACUUCGAAUUAAAGAAAGUAAAGAAUUUAAGAAUACUGUGGACAAGUUAUUCCAAAAAUCGAAUGUCGCUUCGUUGCUGGGAACCUCUUCGUGGAAGGAACAAUUUAUUGAAGCAAUUACGGUUAGUGCUGGUGAUGAUGACGAUGAUGGCGAAGGGGAAGAAGGUGAAGAAGGGGAAGAGGGGGGCGAAAAAGAAGAGAAAAUGCCUACUUGUACAGAUUAUGUUUUGCAUUUUAUCACAAUAUUCUGGAAACUGAUUUUUGCAUUUGUUCCACCAACAGACCACUUAGAAGGAUGGGCCUGCUUUAUGGUUAGUAUCGUGAUCAUAGGGCUCCUGACUGCCCUUAUCGGUGACCUGGCGUCUCAUUUUGGUUGCACCAUUGGCUUACACGAUUCAGUAACGGCCAUUUCUUUUGUGGCACUUGGAACAAGCAUACCAGAUACAUUCGCCAGCAAAGUGGCUGCUGUCAAUGAUCAGUAUGCUGAUUCAUCUAUUGGAAACGUUACAGGAAGUAAUGCUGUUAAUGUCUUUUUGGGAAUCGGUAUUGCCUGGUCUAUUGCAGCAGUGGUUCAUUUUAUCAGAGGGGAUCAAUUUGAGGUCCAUCCUGGAAGCUUAGCCUUUUCUGUUACUCUCUUCUGUUGUUGCGCUUUCAUCGUUUGCGUCAUAUUACUAUUACGACGUAACAAAGCAGUGGGUGGCGAAUUAGGAGGACCCAUGAAAUAUAAAGUACCCACCGCAGUUUUUUUCGUUUUCCUAUGGGUAUUUUACGUCCUCAUGUCGAGUUUGGAAGCGUAUGAUAUCAUCCAAGGAUUUUAAAGUGGAAUUUAUUUAUGUAAACGAAACAGAAUUGCUUCUCUCCGUUGCAAAUGUGACAAUUGAAAUAGCAACGGGGCGACCAAGUGUCCAGCUCCGGCACCCCCAUUCCCAACGCCAGAUGUUGAAGGCCACGGAUCAUCUUACAAUACUGUGGACAUUGCGCACCAUAUCGAUUGUGGCAUUUCACCCAUCAAUUUUCCUGUAAGCACUUUUUUGUUUUUUGUUUCACUAUUAGUUUUGGUUACAAAGAAUUAACUGAAGUAAAAUCAAAUAUUAAAAACAUAUCUUAAAUAAUUAUCUAUCUCUGAUCCUUAAUUGACAGAGAUAACUUGCCAAACUAAUUAUAUACAGUCGGUGAUUAUACAUUUAAAUCUUCAAUGUUUAUUCUAUUACUCCCUUUGACAACUGAUCAAAUUCACUUCCCUUUGUCUACACAUGAAAUUAUUCAAAUGGUGUUUGUGACGCAUGUUUAGAUGUUUUUUAUAUCAUUAGUUCAUACUGUGAUUGACAUUAGAAAAUGAAAGUUUAACGAAGAAAAGAAUGUUAAUCGUGAAGAUCCGACCAUGUCUAAAACCGUUCAUUCCGGGCCAGCACUUUUCUUUCCCUGAUAUGAUCUCAUCAAUGUAUUAAAGCACUAAGUUUUCUUCAGCCAAUGAUUUAUUUUUCCACUCCUUUAAUUUAAAAAAUGGAGAAAAAAAAA